AUGCUGCCAAAGCGCAACCACGCUGAACCUUCCCCACCCUCCAAACAUACCGCUUUCUUCCCCCGUCUAAUUCAUAACAAAAAGCCAAAGAAACACAUCUGCCACCUUCCCAAACCCCUCCGCGUUGGCUUCCUCCUCGAGAGCUUCAACGACCCCGAUCUCCCUCUUAUCAUGCUCCGCCCACCAACUCCCAUGUGGGAAAUGUACAACGUUGAAGACCGCCUGUUCGAGCGCUCAGGCGACAAGUUCGUGUUGAAGAAGAGCAAAGAGCGCCCGGAUUUGAGGCAAGAGGCGAAUAACAUGCUGCCGGUGCCGGUGCCGAAGCUUGAGGACUUGCUCAUGUGCGGGGAUGAGGGCGAAGAUGAGGAAGUGGAAGUGGGGGGUGAGGGGUUGGGUGCGGAGUGCGAGGCUGACUAUCGGGCGUAUAUGGCUGGGAUGGGUUUGCUUGGGUAG